AUGAAGAAAGAGGAAGAUUUAUUGAGAAAUUUAUACGUCAUUGACAGAGAUAAUAGUAUGCUCGAUGAUCCAUAUUUACAUUUAGUUAGCGUUUAUGGACCUGAUCAUCAAUUACGAGAACUAGAAUUUUCCAAGUAUGAACCACCCAAAGGCAUUGGAUUGCUCUUUGACUUUGAAGAUCCCGAUUUCUUCCUUCAAUUUAAUGCAUUUACCUAUGACUUGUUUAAAGAUAUGGAUUGGAGUAACUGCUUUGUUGCCGGUGGUAGUGUGUUAGCAGCUGCACUCAAAGUUGAACAAAUCAAAUUGCAUCUUAAACAGAAGAAGACUGACAAAGAUGAACCCAAUGAUCAUGUUCUUUAUGACUACGACAAUGACGGUGGUGAUGUUGUUGAGCAAACUCACAAAGUGGAUGAAGAUGUAAUAGCUGAAAACAGUGAUGACGAUUAUUUCACAGAUUCGUCAGAUUGUAACAGUGAUUCAGAAUCAUCAUCUUACGACGAUAACGACCUGAAUACCAAAAUAGUGAAUCCAGAACGAUUUGAUAGUAGUUUAGCGGAGUACUAUUCAAGGUCAGAUUCAUGGAAAAACAGUGAUAUUGACCUAUUUUUCUAUGGACUCUCUGAACAGCAAGCGGAAAAGAAGAUCAUUGGUGUCUAUAACUUGAUUAAGAAAAAUUUGAGCAAAAUUCCAAAGAAAUUCUACAAGGUUGAUCUUGACACUUCUGAUCGCAUUGAUGACAUUGUAACCUACAGAACAGAGCAUGCCAUAACUUUUAGAUUCAAUUAUCCAAUUCGUCCCAUACAAAUUAUAUAA